AUCGGAGAAAGGCAGGCUGAUGACGAAAGCAGUCAAAAACAUUCUGCCACCCAACUUUCUUCUAUUGCUUGGUAUUGCACCCAUGUAACUCAAUUUAAAUGGACAGUGAUAGGGUGAUUUUAAAAAGGUUUCGCAAUAAUUUAGUAUCGACUUCACACCCAUGAUCUGGUAAGCCUGGACCCGUUAAAUAGACCAGAAAACUGAAAAAGCUAUUCUUGCAAAUCACUCUCUUCAAAGAUCAGUGAUCCAGCUAACAACACCAGGAGUCAUGGCAGAAUCAAGAGACCACGUUGGGAAAUUCCUGGAGGAAUUCAGGGAAGAGAUCUCAGCUGGGGUGCGGUCAGCUGGGUCCAUAGUGGAGGCUGUAAUAUCACAACAACUAAUUACAGAGGAUCAAGUGCCUGCAGUCAGGGACGCCUUGACCUUAAAUGGCCAGAUGAGGGCACUGUUUGAUGCAAUUGAGUCAGCGUCACCGCAAAAUAGAGUUGGCUUCCACCUAUUACUGACACUGAAAGAGCCUGAACUCAUGGCUGAACUAGAGCAAAGGCAAAGAAAUAGUAAGACAACACAGACAGAAUCAGAACAAGCAUAUGAAGGAGGCAGGAAAAAAACUGAGGACAAAACUGGACCAAAAGCUAACAUGCAGAUAAAGAAAGACAAUCUGAAAAGACGAAGACUUGAAACGAUGCGAGCCAUUGAGGAGAUUGAGAGACUUUGGGAAGGGAGCAAAAGAGAGAGAGAUGAAACAGACAUGAUGAAGGCCAGGAUUCAGCAACAGCAAGAAGAGAUUGACAGGUUGGUGAAAGAGAAACAAGAGCAGAGCGUGAACAUGGAAGAGAUGAGGAGGGAGAUAGAAAGUGUGAACGUGAAGCUGGAAAAGAACAAGGAGGAAAUAAACCAGGAGAAAGAGAGAAUUCAGCAAAUGUGGGCCGAUUUACAGACCGAGAAGGACAACUUAGAGGGACGGAGGAGUGAGAUAAUCGACGAGAGACACAGUUUGCUGUUGAUCAAGCAUGAGACGUUGAGAGCAAAGGACGAGAUAGAGCAGAGUAAAGCGAUCACAAAACGUGAGCAGGAGAACAUGGAAAAGAUAAAGGUUGAUAUUCAAGCACAGAUAACUGAUAUUGAGAGGAGAAUGAGGGACACAAAACAAUCAAAAGAGCAGAUGGAAGACAUCAGGGAUCAAGUGCACAGGGAAAGAGAUGACCUUGAGAAAAAACAAGAUGACAUCAAGAAACAGAAAGAGCAAUUUGAGCAGAUUAAAAAGGAGCUCAACAAAGUUAAAGAAGAGAUAGAACGAAGGUGGUCUGAAAUAGAAAGAGAGGAACUUGAACAGAGGGCCAGGAUCCAAAAAGAGAAAGAAGACCUAGAGAAUAUGCGAACCGAGAUGCAGAAAGCAGAGGAGGACAUUGAAGAAAACAGGAAAGAAACCAAGAGAGAGAAAGACCAUGUGAACAACCUAAAAACACAGAUACUUCUUGAGAAGGAUUCAGUAGAAAAGGACAGACAAGCAAUAUUGAGGAAACAGAAAGAAUUGGAACAGGCAAAACUUAAAAUUAAAAUGGACCAAGAAGAAAUAGAACAAACCAGGGAAAUGUCACAAAAAGUGAAAGAGAGAUUGGAACAGACGGAAGUUGACCUUCAGAGACAAAUGCAAGAGAUUGAGAAACAAAUGGAAAAGACCAGGAAAGCAAAUAGCGUCAUGGAAAAUAUGAAAGCUGAAAUCCAAGGACAAAAUCAGGCACUAGAAAAAAAGCAGGAUGAGACGAGAAGAAUGAGGGAAGAGCUGGAGAGAAGAAGGUAUGAGAUUGUAAAAGAGGGUCUGGAUCAAAGGGCUGAAAUACAGAGGGAGAGGGAGGAAGUUGAAAGUAUGAAGCUUGACUUGAUGAAACACAAAGACAUGGAGAAAAUCAGACAAGGCAGAGAGAGAGAGGAGGCCAGGCUGUGGAAAGAUGAAAGAAGCCGUGAGAAACAAGAAAUUGAGCAAAUGAGAGCUGAGUUUCUGAUAGAAAAAGACAACUUAGAAAGAAAACAACAGGAGACGGAGAGGGAGAGACAAGAUUUGGAGAGGGUACAUUUUGAGACAAUGAGAGUGAAAGAAGAGUUGGAGCAAAGCCAGGAAAUCACAAAACAAGAGAAAGCAAAGAUGGUUCAAAUGAAGGCAUAUAUACAGAAACAGAUUGAUGACAUAGAAGAGAAAAUUGCUGAGACCAAGCAAGCCAAGGACAAAAUGGAAGAAAUGAAAAUGGAGAUAGAAAGAGAACGUAAUGAUCUGGAGGCGAGAAGGGAAAAGGUCAGGAAAGAGAUAGACCACUAUGAAGGUAUCAAACUUGAGAUAAUUCAAGUAAAAGAAGAAAUUGAGAGGAAAUGGUGUGAGACUGAGAAAGAAGAAAUGGAACAGAGAGCAAAAGCCAACCGAGAGAAAGAAGCACUGGAGCAGCUGAGAGACGACAUUCAAAAAGCGAAAGACAAACUAGACAGAGAAAAAAUGGAGGCUGAGAAAGACAGAGACAACAUUGAAAACAUGAAGGCCAGCUUAAAACACGAGAGGGACAGUGUGGACGUAAAAAUCAAGGAAGCCAAAGCAAAGAGUGACAGCAUGACAGAGAUGGAGCACAAGAUACAAGAUGAAAUGCAAGAGAUGGAGAAAAUCAAACUUAUCACAUUGCAAGACAAAGACAAUGUCUCACAGAUGAAGGUUGAGCUUCAGAGACAAAUGACAGAAAUGAAGGAUCAUAUGGAGGAAACGAACAGAGCCAAAGAGCAGGUGGAUCAGGAAAGGGCUGUCUUGGAGAAACAGAGAAAUGAAAUGGCAAAAGUUAAGGAGGAUAGGGAGCGACAAAGAUAUGAAACAGUUAAAGAAGACCUAGAACAACAAGCAGGAUUGCAAACGGAAAGAGAGAUGUUGGAGAACUUGAGAGAUGAGAUUAAAACAGCUAAGGAGGAGUUAGAAAAGGCACAGCAGCUGGAAAAAGAAAUAAGGGAUUUGAAGCAAAAUGUGUAUGACGCACAGCAGGAAAAAGAGAUGCUUGAGCAAAUCAAAUCUGAGAUUCUGAAUGAAAGGGCACUUCUUCAAACCAAACAUAUAGAAGCCGCAAGAGAACAAGAGGACUUGGAUCUUCUGCGUAGAAAGACACUAAACGAAAAACUAAAGAUUGAGAAUCAAAAGGAUGCAGCCAUCAAAGAAGCAAUAGAGCAGAAAACUGCAUUUGAGAGAGUAAAGGAGGAAUUUGAAAUUCAAAUGGAGAAGGAGAAAAAAGAAAUGCAACAUGACAGAGAUGUGAUAAAGCAGGAUAGAAACCAGGUAGAACAAAUGAAAAUCAAAAUAAAGAACCAGGAAGAAGAAAUUAACAGAACCAUUCAGAAGACAAUGCAAGCUAAAGAUCUGAUGGAGAGGAUGAAAGCUGAGAUUGAGAGAGAAAGGGAACUUUUGGAAAGAAUAAGGGACCAGGCCAGGAGAGAGAAAGAGCCAUAUGAAAAGGUCAAGAAUGAGUUGAACAGGGUCAAAGAAGAGAUGGAAAAACUGUGGGAUGAGGUAGAGAGGGAGGAACAUGAAGAAAAAAUAACACUCAAACGUGAAAAUGAAGAGUUGAAGAAGCGUUUGGAGGAGAUCAAGAAUGAGAUUGGAGAAAUUCAAACGCUGAAAGAUGACCUUCAGCAUCAGAGGGAAGAGAUUGAUGCUAACAUGGAGCGGGUUAUUAUGGAACUAGACAAACUGGAAAAAACAAAGGCUGAGAUGCAGAGAGAAAAAGUGGACAUUGAAAACAAGAUGGCAAAGACUAAGUCUGAGAGAGAUGAGUUGGAAAGAAUGAAGUCUGAGAUGGAAAUCCAGAGGGAGGACAUUGAGAUCAAAAUGCAACAAGCAAGAGCAGAGAUGGAUGAGAUGAGAUCUAUGAAGGAGGACAUCCAGAGACAAAAACAAGAGCUUGAUGACAGGCUGCAAAAGACAAAGAGAGAGAUGAGAGAGACUGAACUGAUCAAAAGUGAGAUGGAGUGGAAGAAAAAGGAUGUCGAUCACAGAAUGAGAAAGACCAUGAGAAAGAAAGAAGAGACUGAAAGGAUGAAAGCUGAGAUUGAGAACGCUAAAGAGGAGAUGGACCAGAAGAUGAGAGAGACGCAGAGAGAGAAAUUUGAAAUUGAAAGGGCCCAGGCUGACGUAGAGAGGGCAAAACAAGAGCUGGAGACAAAAAUGGAUGAAAGCUUUGGUGAUAUUAAUGAGGGGGGACUAAUAAAUGCUGAGUUACUCAGGCUGAUUGAAGAUAUGGACAGAACCAGAGAGAUGGUGCAUCAAAUAAAAGGGCAGAUGGAAAAUCAAAUGGAAAAAAGCAACAUGAACAUGGAUGAUAAGAACAGAGUGAAUGCUGAAAUUCAAAGAUUGAUUCUUGAGGUGGAAGAAAUUAGAGAAGUGUUAAGAAGGGUCAAAGAUGAAAUUGAACAAAACAAAGAUAUUCUGAAAGAGGAAAAGGACAGCAUCAAACAGAUGAAGACGGAGAUUAAGAAAAAAAGAAAGGAAGUAGACCAGCGACUAGAAAAUAAUAUGCAUGAGAGGGAUGAGUUAGAGAUACUGAAGAUAAAGAUACAGAGACAGAGAGAAGAUGUGGAACAGAUCAGGGAAGAUAUAACUACAGAGAAUCACAAGAUGGAAAUUAUUAGAGAAGACAUACAGAGAGAAACUACAGAAGUCAACCGGACAAGAGAGGAGAUUCAAAAAGCCCAAAGGAGGAUUGAGGAAGACAAAGCAAACCUGCAAAGAGAUAAGGAUUUUAUGGAUACUUUGAAAUCUGAGCUUGAAAGACAAAAACAGGAAAACAGAUUGGAAAAGAAAAUACAAGUUCAGACCAUUGUGAAGAAACAUCAGGAUGUAACUGAUAAGAAAUACCUUGAAGUUGCAAUAGCAGAGACAUCUGAAGGAAAAGAGGACAAAGACAUGGGAGAGGACAGGAUUUCAAAUGAGAACGUUGUUUACAAGGAAACUAGUUCAGCUUAUUUUGAAAAGGGUGUUGUGGAGGAUGACAUAGAUAAACAGAAAGAUGAGAGUGAUGUGAUCUUGGAAAUACCAAAGAUGGAAAAUUACGAUUUGAUUGGCCAGAAAUCUAAUAGUGAGUUGAAAAAGAUUGUAGAAAACUUACUGAAACAGGGAGCUGAAGAAAGGAUGGAGCAGGCAAGGCCUGAGAUGCAGAAACAAAAAGAUGACAUUGAAAACAAGAUGGCAAAGACCAAGGCUGAGAGAGAUGAUCUGGAAAGAGUUAAAUCUGAACUACAGAUACAGAAAGAAGAAAUGGAAGUCAAAACGAAACAAGCAAAAGCAGAGAUGGAUGAGAUGAGUUACAUGAAGGAAGCCAUUCAGAGAGAAAAACAAGAACUCGAUGACAAGAUUCAAAACACAAAAAGAGAGAUGGCAGAAAUGGAAAUACUGAAGACUGAAAUGGAAAUAAAGAAGAGGGACCUUGAACAGACAAUGAGGAAGACCACAAGAAAGAAAGAUGAACUUCAGAAUACAAGGGCUGAGCUAGAGAGAGCUAAAGAAGAGUUGGAACAAACAAGGGCACAGGCAUAUGGAGAUGACAUUGAACAAGAGAAGGACAGGUUGAAAGAGGAAAAGGACCAAAUAAAACUGAUGAAGAACGAAAUGCAGAGAAAGAGAAGAGAGCUAGACCAGCGAUUGGAGAAGAAUGUCCGUGAGAGGGAUGAGUUAGAAAUACUGAAGAUAAAAAUACAGAGACAAAGGGAAGAGAUGGAACAGAAGAUGGAGGACAUGAUGAGAGAAAGUCAAAAAAUGGAAGUGGUGAGAGACGAGAUAAAGAAAUGCCAGAAGAAGGUUGAGGAUGACAACAAAGACUUGGAGUGUAUGCAACAUCAACUCGUCAACCAAAAGAUUGCACUGGAAAAUCAACAAAAAGAACUAGAUAUAAAGGAAAGGGAAAUUGAGGCUAGGGGGAAAGACAUGUUGAGAUGGAGAGAUGAGUUGGAAUCAAAGCAAGAAUGCAUAAGUGAUGACCUUAACAGAGAGAGACAAGACAUCCAUAACACAAAGGCCAUGAUAGCAAAAGAGAUUGCAGAAGAGAGAGAUGAGAUGGAAAAAUGUAGGAAUAAUCUCAUAGAGAAGAGAGAGGAGAUUCAGUUGGCUUUAGAUGAUAUCAGGAAAAGGAAAAGCGAUCUGGACCAAAUGAAGGUAGAUAUAGACAGAGACAGACAAACACUUGAUGAUGAGCAAAGCAGAAAGGAAAUGGAGGUGGGUGGGUUGACACUGAGAAUAACAGAACUGGUGAUAGAAAAGGGUUGCAUGGAACAACAUAUUGCAGAAUUUAAAGAUGUUAAAGACAAAUUGAUAAAGGAUAUAAAAAACCAUAUGGAGGACCUGGAGGUAAAAAGUCAAGAAAUACAGAGAUUGAAAGGGGAAAUAGAUGAUCUAAAGACACAGAAAAUUGAGAUUGAAGCUCAUAUUGAACAGGCAAAGAAGGAUAUGGACAGUCUAGGCAAGACUAUGUCUAAUCUACAGAGACCAAACCAUGACACAGAAAAAAAUAUGGCAAAGAACAUGACAGAGAGAGAUGUACUGGAAAGCUUGAAAUCUGAGAUACAGAUGCAGAAAGAGGAAAAUGAAAAGAAAGUGCAACAGGUUAGAGCAGAUAUGGAUGAAAUGAGAUUGAUGAAGGAACACAUUCAGAAAGAAAAGAAUGCCCUUGAAGACAAAUUACAAAAAUCCAAAAGAGAUAUGAGAGAGAUGGAAAUACUGAAGGCUGAAAUGGAAACAAGAAAAAGGGAUCUAGAACAAACCAUGAGAAAGACCAAUAGAAAGAAGGACGAAAUUGAAAACAUGUGGGCUGACAUUUACAAACAUGAAGAAGAGAUGGAACAAAGAAGGGAGGUUAUGAACAGAGAGAAAGAUGAAUUUGACAAAGGAAAAGCAAAACGAGAAAAGGAGGGCCUUGAAGAGAUUUCUGGCCAGAUUCAGAAGGAAAGAGAGGAUAUUACAAAACAAAUGGAAGAUGUCAAGAAUAGAACACUGGAUCUGGAGGCAAUGAAGGCUGAAGUUGAGUUAGAGAAACAAGGAAUCGAAGACAUCAAGAAGAUUCUAUCAAACGGGAGAGAAGAAAUUGAACGAGUCAAGAUUGAGAUGGAAGCAGAAAAGAAAAAUAUAAAGAACCUGAACAGAAAAAUGAAAGAAGAUAUGAAUGUGCUGGAAGAGAGGAAGGCUGAAAUGGAAAUAGAGAAAAAAGAAGCAGAAAAGCACAUGGCUGAAUUGAAAGAGGAAGAGCAAGACAUUAAGGAGAGUAUCAACAAGAUGAGAGACAACCUUGAGCAGAACACGGCUGAAAUACAACAACAGAGACAUGAGGUAGACAGGGCAAUGGGAGAAUUACACAUCAAAAAGAAUGAACUACAACUAAGCUCUAUAGAGGUGAAUAAACAGAGAGAUGAGAUGUCAAAUGAAAAGAUCCAGGUGGAGCAAGACAAACAAAAUAUUCGAGGUGAAAAGGUUGAACUGGAACGGAUCAAGACUGAGUUACAAGAAAAGUCAGAGAAUCUAGAUCAACUCAUGGACAUGACAAAACGAGAAAAGGACGGCCUUGAAGAGAUUUCUGGCCAGAUUCAGAAGGAAAGAGAGGAUAUUACAAAACAAAUGGAAGAUGUCAAGAAUAGAACACUGGAUCUGGAGGCAAUGAAAGCUGAAGUUGAGUCAGAGAAACAAGAAAUUGAAGACAUCAAGAAGAUGCUGUCAGAUGAAAGAGAUGACCUGAAACAGAUGAAGAUUGAGUUGGAAAGCCAACACCUACACAUUGACAACACCAAGGGUAGGAUUAAUAUGGCAAUGGAUGAGUUGGAAGAGAGGAAGACUGAAAUGGAAAAAGAGAAAAAAGAAGCAGAAAAGCACAGGGCUGAAUUGAAAGAGGAAGAGCAAGACAUUAAGGAGAGUAUCAACAAGAUGAGAGACAACCUUGAGCAGAACACGGCUGAAAUACAACAACAGAGAGAUGAGGUAGACAGGGCAAUGGGAGAAUUAAACAUCAAAAAGAAUGAACUGGAACUAAGCUCUAUAGAGGUGAAUAAACAGAGAGAUGAGAUGUCAAAGGAAAAGAUCCAGGUGGAGCAAGACAAACAAAAUAUUCAAGGUGAAAAGGUUGAACUGGAACGGAUCAAGACUGAGUUACAAGAAAGGUCAGAGAAUCUAGAUCAACUCAUGGACAUGACAAAACGAGAAAAGGAGGGCCUUGAAGAGAUUUCUGGCCAGAUUCAGAAGGAAAGAGAGGAUAUUACAAAAAAAGAAGCAGAAAAGCACAGGGCUGAAUUGAAAGAGGAAGAGCAAGACAUUAAGGAGAGUAUCAACAAGAUGAGAGACAACCUUGAGCAGAACACGGCUGAAAUACAACAACAGAGACAUGAGGUAGACAGGGCAACGGGAGAAUUAAACAUCAAAAAGAAUGAACUGGAACUAAGCUCUAUAGAGGUGAAUAAACAGCGAGAUGAGAUGUCAAAGGAAAAGAUCCAGGUGGAGCAAGACAAACAAAAUAUUCAAGGUGAAAAGGUUGAACUGGAACGGAUCAAGACUGAGUUACAAGAAAGGUCAGAGAAUCUAGAUCAACUCAUGGACAUGACAAAACGAGAAAAGGACGGCCUUGAAGAGAUUUCUGGCCAGAUUCAGAAGGAAAGAGAGGAUAUUACAAAACAAAUGGAAGAUGUCAAGAAUAGAACACUGGAUCUGGAGGCAAUGAAAGCUGAAGUUGAGUCAGAGAAACAAGGAAUUGAAGACAUCAAGAAGAUGCUGUCAGAUGAAAGAGAUGACCUGAAACAGAUGAAGAUUGAGUUGGAAAGCCAACACCUACACAUUGACAACACCAAGGGUAGGAUUAAUAUGGCAAUGGAUAAGUUGGAAGAGAGGAAGACUGAAAUGGAAAAAGAGAAAAAAGAAGCAGAAAAGCACAGGGCUGAAUUGAAAGAGGAAGAGCAAGACAUUAAGGAGAGUAUCAACAAGAUGAGAGACAACCUUGAGCAGAACACGGCUGAAAUACAACAACAGAGAGAUGAGGUAGACAGGGCAAUGGGAGAAUUAAACAUCAAAAAGAAUGAACUGGAACUAAGCUCUAUAGAGGUGAAUAAACAGAGAGAUGAGAUGUCAAAGGAAAAGAUCCAGGUGGAGCAAGACAAACUAAAUAUUCGAGGUGAAAAGGUUGAACUGGAACGGAUCAAGACUGAGUUACAAGAAAAGUCAGAGAAUCUAGAUCAACUCAUGGACAUGACAAAACGAGAAAAGGAGGGCCUUGAAGAGAUUUAUGGCCAGAUUCAGAAGGAAAGAGAGGAUAUUACAAAACAAAUGGAAGAUGUCAAGAAUAGAACACUGGAUCUGGAGGCAAUGAAGGCUGAAGUUGAGUUAGAGAAACAAGGAAUCGAAGACAUCAAAAAGAUUCUAUCAAACGGGAGAGAAGAAAUUGAACGAGUCAAGAUUGAGAUGGAAGCAGAAAAGAAAAAUAUAAAGAACCUGAACAGAAAAAUGAAAGAAGAUAUGAAUGUGCUGGAAGAGAGGAAGGCUGAAAUGGAAAUAGAGAAAAAAGAAGCAGAAAAGCACAUGGCUGAAUUGAAAGAGGAAGAGCAAGACAUUAAGGAGAGUAUCAACAAGAUGAGAGACAACCUUGAGCAGAACACGGCUGAAAUACAACAACAGAGACAUGAGGUAGACAGGGCAACGGGAGAAUUAAACAUCAAAAAGAAUGAACUACAACUAAGCUCUAUAGAGGUGAAUAAACAGAGAGAUGAGAUGUCAAAGGAAAAGAUCCAGGUGGAGCAAGACAAACAAAAUAUUCAAGGUGAAAAGGUUGAACUGGAACGGAUCAAGACUGAGUUACAAGAAAGGUCAGAGAAUCUAGAUCAACUCAUGGACAUGACAAAACGAGAAAAGGAGGGCCUUGAAGAGAUUUAUGGCCAGAUUCAGAAGGAAAGAGAGGAUAUUACAAAACAAAUGGAAGAUGUCAAGAAUAGAACACUGGAUCUGGAGGCAAUGAAGGCUGAAGUUGAGUUGGAGAAACAAGGAAUCGAAGACAUCAAGAAGAUUCUAUCAAACGGGAGAGAAGAAAUUGAACGAGUCAAGAUUGAGAUGGAAGCAGAAAAGAAAAAUAUAAACAACCUGAACAGAAAAAUG